UUUUCAGUGUGUAUUUAUUUUUUUAUUUAUACUAGCGCUUAAAAUUGUAAUGGUCAUAAAUUUAUUUUAAUUCAAAUUUAUUACUCUCCAGUUGACCAAUUGCUGAUAAAUCUUUUAAGAAUACAGUACAGUAAUUUGUUUGCUUUUAUUUUAUAAUAUAUAAUUUUUCUAUCGAAGACGAAAUCAACCCAUUCUACCCCGACUAUAAGCAUCUAGGUAAACGGAAUGUUGAUAAUGACAAUUCUGUCCAAUAAACUGUUAGUCCAAUGACAGCUAUCAUCUAUGGGGAUUCAAGUACUGAUUAAUUGAAGCAUUGACAAAUUAAUUAAUAAUUUAUCGAUUUACUUAUUAAAAAUUUUGAGUAACUCAGCUGUCAAAAUUUUAUCGAUUAGUGAAAAAAAAGUUGAAGCAUUAAUUGAAAAAGAGGACAAUUGUCGCUGAGAAUUCGAAUUUUCUAAGCUUGUGCGCUAAAAUUUAUUUGAUAAAUUUCGUUCAACUCCUAAUUAAUAAUAACUAGUAAUUUUUUUUUUAAUUUUAUAUCAUUAAGAAAUUGCAUGAUACUGAAGUUAGCAGACGUCUAAAAAUUUUUGAAUUUUUUUUCAGACGAUAGACCAUAAAAAAAAAAAUAUUUUAAAAAAUUGCACCUGUAGUUUUCAAAAUUUUCUACAUGUGCAUAAUUCCAUUUUAUUUUUUUGCAAUUGAUUUUUUGUAAAAAAAAAAUUCAAAAAUUUUCAAAUGUCUGCUAACUUCAGGAUCAUGAAAUUGCAACUACUUUUUUUCCAAUUAAGGUUUAAAUUUUUUGAUUAAUUAAUAAAAUUUGAAUCCGAUUAUGACAGUUGAGUAAUUGAAAAUUUUUAAACAGUGGGGGCACUGUCUGAGAAUGUCCUUAAUAAUUUGAUUUCUAGCUUAUCAGCGGAUUUAUUUAACUGAGAUCGAUAUUAUCGAGAUGUUUCAUAAAAAAAAAACAAGUUGAAUUGAUGCAUGAGGACUUUAAUUCUAUUUAUUAUUUCAAAAAUUCAUUAAAAAGUUUUAUAAUUAUUUAAAAAAUGUACGUAUUUAAGCCGCAUGUUUUCACUGAACUUUUGCCGAAGGGUAUUGCGAAACCUACAAGAAGAAUGAACUCAAUUAUACGAUGUGAUGGUAAAAAUUUAUAUAUUUUCAAUGGCGAGGAUUCAACUGUCGCGGAUUUUAUAGAACUUUCAGAUGAAUUUCGUGAUUUCUGGGUGUACAAUUUAGCUGAAGCACAAUGGAGAUUAAUGAAGAAUGAAAGUAAUUUACCAGAUUAUAAUGAUUUAAUUUUUGGUACGAUUUUUGAAUCAAAUUAUUUAUUUAUUUGCAUAAUACAAACUCCUUUUAAUAAUGAACUGUCAAGUCGCAAAUGUCGAUUACAUAUUUGCGAUUUAAAUACCGAAAGUAUACUUGUCCAGGCAACAACUGGACAAAUUCCAUAUCCUACAUUUCCAAUUAAUUUAAUUCGCCAUGGAAAAUAUUUUUAUACGGUUGGAAUAAAAAGAGAUAAUGGAAAAUUUUCCGAUGUAUAUAAAUUAAAUAUGGAAAAUGGUGUAUGGGAAAUUGUUUAUACCUGUCGAGGACUUGAUGCUAAUGAACCAGUUGGUAGAUCAGGUCAUACUUUAGUUUAUGGAAACAAUAUGAUUUAUAUAUUUGGUGGAGUUAUAGAUGGUCCCGGACUUGAUACGUUUUCUUUUGUCAAAAUUUCGGCCUUUGAUUUAGAGAACUGCUGCUGGAAAAAAAUAGAGACUCUUGGUGAUGAAAAUCACAUAACGCAGUAUCCAACUAAAAGAAAAAACUUCGGGUUAACGAAUUACACUGACCCGGAUUCGGGUGAAAUAAAUGUGAUAAUAUCUGGAGGAGCAGUCGGUCAUAAUGAUGCCUUCAAUGAUGUCUGGAGAUUGAAUCUCUCGAGUUUGAAGUGGACGUGUCUUGAGAAAUAUGGUACCGUCUUACCUUGCUAUGUUGAUAGUCAUUCAAUGACCGUUUCUCCUGCUGGAAAAUUAUUCACUUUUGGUGGACAUAUUUCAAUUAAUAUGGAAGAUGAAACUUGUUCUUCUACUUUACACUCAACUUGGCUCAGGAUUCCUAAACUCACGGACAUUUGUUGGGAAGCUGUUUUCCAUUACUAUCCAAACUUGACAUCAAUGACUGACAAAGAAAUCAUUUCCCUCGGAUUUCCAUUGCAGUCAUUCAAGUCGCGUAUUAAUUAAUAAAAUACUUAUAAGUAAAUUCAUUUUUUUAUUUAUUUCACACUAGCAUUUAAAAUAAUAUGUUCAUAAAUUUAUUUGAAAUCAUGUUUAUCAUUUUUAAAGUUUACUGUUACUUUUCUAUAAUAAAAAAUGUACCUACUAAAAAAUUUGAUGUCUUGUU